UACCGUUUCUUGAUUCUUUUGCUCGUGUUCAUAGCCUUUCAAAAGCUGUUCCAUUUGUUUAUAAAGAAUAUUGUGUGUAGCUUGUUCUUGAUCUUGAGAAAUUAAAAAGAAAUGGAAACUUCAUUUCAUAACGUUUUGACAUCUCCUGCAAAAGCAGUAGCUGUUAUACUUUUGGUGCUGCUCUUGAACACUGCAUGCCAGGCUCAACUCACCUCUACAUUUUACGACAAUUCUUGUCCAAAUGCACUCAGUGCUAUCCGAACUUCUAUCAGAAAUUCAAUUGCCGCAGAGCGAAGAAUGGCAGCUUCCCUCAUUCGCUUACACUUUCACUAUUGCUUUGUUCAGGGUUGUGAUGCCUCAAUAUUAUUGGAAGAGACUCCAUCUAUCGAGAGUGAACAGACCGCACUUCCCAAUAAAGAUUCCGCCAGAGGUUAUCGAGUCAUUGAGAAAGCGAAAUCUGAAGUAGAGAAGAUAUGCCCUGGAGUUGUAUCUUGCGCAGAUACCCUCGCUGUGGCAGCAAGGGAUGCAUCUGCAUAUGUGGGAGGUCCAUCAUGGACAGUAAUGCUUGGAAGAAGAGACUCAACUACUGCUAGUAGAACUCUAGCCAACAGUGAACUUCCCAGUUUUAAAGAUGGCCUGGACAGACUUAUAUCUCGCUUUCAGAGUAAAGGCCUUAGUGCAAGGGAUAUGGUUGCCUUGUCAGGUUCUCAUACCAUUGGUCAAGCCCAAUGCUUUACUUUCCGUGAUAGGAUAUAUAGCAAUGGCACUGACAUUGACGCUGGAUUUGCAAGCACUCGCAAGCGCACUUGUCCAGCUGUUGGGGGUGAUGCAAAUUUGGCUCCAUUUGAUUUGGUCACUCCUAAUUCUUUUGACAACAAUUAUUUCAAGAAUCUUAUACAAAAGAAAGGUCUUCUUGAGUCUGAUCAAAUUCUUUUUGGCGGAGGUUCCACAGACAGCAUUGUUUCAGAAUAUAGCAGGAGUCCUGCAGCUUUCAGCUCAGACUUUGCUUCUGCCAUGAUUAAAAUGGGAAAUAUUGAUCCUCUCACUGGAACUGCAGGAGAAAUAAGGAAAAUCUGCAGUGCUAUCAACUAGUUUAUGUUCUUCUAUUACAUUCAUUAACCAUAAAUAUGCGCCUGUCUAAUUCAUUUCUCGACCAGUUUUUUCAUUCUUUAUAUAUUUCAUCAAUUGUGUAAAUUUGAAGUAUUAUUCUUAUAUUCAAUUUCAAUUGUAAUUCAUUUCAUUAUUUGUA